ACAACCAUGAACCAGGAGAAACUGGCCAAACUCCAGCCACAAGUGCGCAUCGGUGGGAAAGGCACUGCUGGCAGAAAGAAGAAGGUGGUUCACAGAACAGCCACAGCAGAUGACAAAACACUGCAGUUCUCCUUAAAGAAGUUAGGAGUGAACACUAUCUCUGGUAUUGAAGAGGUGAACAUGUUUACAAACCAAGGAACCAUGGUCCAUUUUAACAACCCUGAAGUUCAGGCGUCUCUGGCAGCAAACACCUUCACCUUUACAGGGCACGCUGAGACAAAGCAGCUGACAGAAAUGCUUCCCAGCAUCCUAAACCAGCUCGGGGCGGACAGUCUGACUAGUCUAAGGAGACUGGCUGAAGCUCUGCCCCAACAAUCUGUGGAUGGAAAAGCGCCACUUGUUACUGGAGAGGAUGAUGAUGAUGAUGAAGUCCCAGAUCUGGUGGGGAAUUUUGAUGAGGCGUCUAAGAACAAGGCACACUAA